UCACCGCCCCCUGCUCCUCCCCGGCGUCUGCGAUUUUCCCAGGCGCCCGGUGUGAGUGCGGGUGUGCGUGUGCGUGUGUGUGGCCGUGUGUCGUGUUGUGGGUGUGUGUGCGUGUGUGUGGAUGAGUGUGGGGUGUGUGGGGCUCCUGCGCUCCGCUCGCAGCCGCCGCCGGAGAAGGACGGACGGACGGCGCUUCCUCCUUGGGCGAGCGGUGCCCGGGCACCUGGGUUCGGCUGGGGCGCGAGUGGAGUGCGCCCGGCCGGCCGCCGGCCGCCGGCAGGUCCCGCCGCGUCCCCCGUGGGCUGGAUAUGCUCCUGUUCGCGCGAAGAUGGAUUUAGUGUACGGUCUCGUGUGGCUGCUGACAGUCCUCCUGGAGGGGAUCUCUGGCCAAGGAGUGUACGCUCCCCCUACAGUUCGGAUUGUGCACUCCGGCUUGGCUUGUAACAUAGAGGAGGAGCGCUACUCCGAGAGGGUCUACACUAUCCGGGAAGGUGAGACUCUAGAAUUGACCUGUCUGGUCACAGGACAUCCACGCCCACAGAUCAGGUGGACCAAAACAGCAGGAAGUGCCUCUGACAGAUUCCAAGACUCGAGUGUCUUCAACGAGACUCUGAGGAUCACAAAUAUUCAGCGACACCAAGGAGGCCGGUAUUACUGUAAAGCAGAGAAUGGCUUGGGGUCCCCAGCGAUAAAGUCCAUCAGAGUGGAUGUCUACUAUUUGGAUGACCCAGUAGUAACUGUUCAUCAAAGUAUAGGUGAAGCAAAGGAACAGUUUUACUACGAGAGAACAGUGUUUCUCAGAUGUGUUGCUAAUUCCAAUCCACCUGUUCGGUACAGCUGGAGACGUGGCCAGGAGGUGUUACUACAAGGAUCUGAUAAAGGAGUUGAGAUUUAUGAACCCUUCUUUACACAGGGUGAAACGAAGAUCUUAAAACUAAAGAACCUCCGACCUCAGGACUAUGCUAAUUACAGCUGCAUUGCUUCAGUGAGGAAUGUGUGUAAUAUUCCUGAUAAGAUGGUGUCUUUUAGACUUUCAAAUAAAACAGCAUCUCCGUCAAUUAAGCUCUUGGUGGAUGAUCCAAUUGUUGUAAAUCCUGGGGAGGCCAUAACCUUAGUCUGUGUUACAACUGGAGGAGAACCUGCACCUUCUCUCACCUGGGUCAGCUCCUUCGGGACUCUGCCCGAAAAGACUGUUUUGAAAGGAGGAACAUUGACCAUUCCGGCCAUCACUUCAGAGGAUGCUGGUGUUUACAGCUGCAUCGCCAAUAACAAUGUAGGAAACCCAGCAAAAAAAUCUACCAACAUUAUAGUGAGAGCAUUAAAAAAAGGACGAUUUUGGAUCACACCAGAUCCUUAUCACAAAGAUGACAACAUCCAGAUUGGGCGUGAGGUGAAAAUAUCUUGCCAAGUAGAAGCUGUUCCUUCUGAGGAGUUAACUUUUAGUUGGUUUAAAAAUGGUCGUCCACUAAGAAGCUCUGAGCGGAUGGUUAUUACACAGACUGAUCCUGAUGUCUCACCGGGAACAACGAACCUGGACAUCAUUGAUUUAAAAUUCACGGAUUUUGGGACUUACACAUGUGUAGCGUCUCUGAAGGGAGGAGGAAUUUCUGAUAUCAGUAUUGAUGUUAAUAUAUCCAGCAGCACAGUUCCACCCAAUCUGACUGUUCCACAGGAAAAAUCACCUUUGGUCACCAGAGAAGGAGACACAAUAGAACUGCAAUGUCAAGUAACUGGAAAACCCAAACCAAUCAUCCUUUGGUCUAGAGCAGAUAAAGAAGUUGCAAUGCCUGACGGGUCAAUGCAAACGGAGAGCUAUGACGGCACAUUGAGGAUUGUGAACGUGUCGAGAGAAAUGUCAGGAAUGUACAGAUGUCAGACCAGCCAGUACAAUGGAUUUAAUGUGAAGCCCAGGGAAGCAUUGGUGCAGCUCAUUGUGCAGUAUCCUCCUGCUGUGGAACCAGCAUUCUUAGAAAUCCGGCAAGGGCAGGACCGAAGCAUCACAAUGAAUUGCCGAGUACUGAGAGCAUAUCCUAUCCGAGUCCUGACGUAUGAGUGGCGUCUGGGCAGUAAAUUAUUACGGACCGGUCAGUUUGACUCUCAGGAAUACACAGAGUACCCUGUGAAGAGUCUUUCCAAUGAAAACUAUGGGAUUUAUAAUUGUAGCAUCAUAAACGAAGCUGGAGCCGGAAGAUGCAGCUUUCUUGUGACAGGAAAAGCCUAUGCUCCAGAAUUCUAUUAUGAUACCUACAACCCCGUGUGGCAGAACAGACACCGGGUUUAUUCCUAUAGUCUACAGUGGACACAAAUGAAUCCUGAUGCGGUGGAUCGAAUUGUUGCCUACCGGUUGGGUAUUAGACAGGCUGGACAACAACGCUGGUGGGAACAGGAAAUUAAAAUAAAUGGGAAUAUUCAAAAGGGAGAACUAAUCACAUAUAACUUGACUGAAUUAAUUAAACCAGAGGCCUAUGAAGUUCGAUUGACUCCUCUCACUAAAUUUGGGGAAGGAGAUUCAACAAUUCGUGUCAUAAAAUAUAGCGCGCCUGUCAACCCUCAUUUGAGAGAAUUUCACUGUGGAUUUGAAGAUGGUAACAUUUGUUUAUUUGCUCAAGACGAUACAGAUAAUUUUGACUGGACAAAACAAAGUACUGCAACAAGAAACACAAAGUAUACCCCUAACACCGGACCAAGUGCCGAUCGAAGCGGCUCCAAAGAAGGUUUUUAUAUGUACAUUGAGACAUCUCGACCCCGACUGGAAGGCGAAAAGGCUCGACUGCUCAGCCCUGUUUUCAGCAUAGCUCCCAAAAAUCCUUAUGGGCCCACCAACAGUGCAUAUUGUUUCAGCUUCUUUUAUCACAUGUACGGACAGCAUAUAGGUGUCUUAAAUGUUUAUCUACGUUUGAAAGGACAGACAAAAUUAGAGAAUCCACUCUGGUCUUCAAGUGGGAAUAAAGGACAACGGUGGAAUGAGGCCCAUGUUAAUAUAUACCCAAUUACUUCAUUUCAGCUCAUUUUUGAAGGUAUUCGAGGUCCUGGAAUAGAAGGUGACAUCGCCAUUGAUGAUGUGUCUAUUUCAGAAGGAGAAUGUACAAAACAAGACCUAACAACUAAGAAUUCCGUGGACGGUGCUGUUGGGAUUUUAGUACAUAUAUGGCUUUUUCCAGUCAUCGUCCUCAUCUCGAUCUUAAGUCCUCGAAGGUGACCUCAUCCUGGCAGAGGCUAUAGAAGAUUCACCAGGCACGGGCAUGAAGAAAGAGUCUUUGUAAAUGGACAUUGCCAAAACAAACUACCAAAGAUUCCUCCACUGACUACUGACUCAAAAUAAAAUAAUAGGAACAAAAUUUUUUAAGCACUGGGGAUAAAAAGACAUCGUGGAAGUAUAACUUAUUCCAAACUGCAUAAAAAAUGAUCAUUUUGACCUGAGUAGAGAAGAGAUCUUCAGGUGCUUUUGUGGCUAAAAAAAGAUUGCAGCAGCAUCUCGUUGAACUCUGGAAAAAAAAAAAAAAAGAGAGAGAGAGCUAUAGAAAUCCUUGUCAAAGCACAAAGUCAUGGCUGGUUUUGUUUCAAAUGAAUAGUUUGCUUGUUACCAUGGAAACCUAAUGGCCUGCCAACAAAAACCUCACUGUAAACAGGGUACCUGAAGAGCUUGCAUUUAUUUUCCUUUCCAGAAGGUUUUACGCAGAGAAUUGAAUAAACGUAGGCCCACUCCUUGAAAAUAACCUGAACUCAGAAUUAUUCACAACAGCCGUGUCCUCCUCCCCGCCCUCCCCCUGCCACCUUUUUCCUCGUUUCUCCUCCUCCGUCCUCCCAUGGCUGAGCUAGGUAGCUGUAACCUGUCUCCUUGUGCAUGCACCGUGCUCCAGGGUGGUGGACCUGGGCUUACUUAUGACACAGGCCUAUCGGAGUUUGAUUGCGGCCACUUACACCCCCAAACGAAGUCAUCCGAUCCGAUGAAGAAACCAAACCACCGUCUUUUAUAAGUUGCCAUGGAAACCAAGUGCCUUCAAUGAAACAAGCCUGACUAAUUUUCAACUCAGAAGCUUGCACUGCUGAGAGCGGUUUGUGUAAAACUAUUUUCUAAACAAACGACAGAGCCUCAAUGUGCAAAUUACAGGCAAGACAACAAAGCCGCUUCUGCAGAAGAAAAGACCGAAGCUGUUGCGUAAGCCCAUGCAGACAAGAUAGUUGUUGUUGAACCUUCUAGACAGCCAUGGCCUCUCCGCUGAUUAUCCAUUCAGAAAAUAACUUCCAUUGAGACCAGACACGGGAGCAACAUUUUUUCUUCCAGGUUAUUCAAUGGGUCAACCAGAGCAAAAGGUUGGUAAGGAAGCACGUAGCGCAGAAGGUGGUAAAACGCAAAAGUGAUUUCUUCCUCUAACCUCCAUUUGAAAUGGAAUUGGCUCUUGCUUUAGAGGAAACAAGAAAAUCUUUGUGGUUGCAGUGCAUACAAACGCCACAGCGGACGGGGCCUGACAAUUCUGGCUUCAUUGGAAACACUGAGGGUAACUAAUAUGCCUCUGCCCUUUCAUCAGACUCUGUGAAAAUUGUGAAAUAUUAUUUUAUUAUUUUAACAAGAUUAAAAAAAAAACCACUUUUACAAAAAAACAAAAACCUGUAAAAAUGAUUUUGAGCUACCUGAGGACAAACCAUACCUUUAACCAGCCAGUUUUCCAAUGCAUUGUAAAUUUCACUUAAACCCGUUGGUUAUGAAAAUUUGAAGAGCUUUUUCCUUAAAUUAUCUCAGCUAUUACCUUCAUUUAAAAAGACUUUUGUCUAAAGAAGAAUACUAUUAUGUUCUCUCAACACCCCAGGAUUAAAAAAAUGAUUAUGCAAGUAAUUUGGAUAUAAGUAUUAAAUUAUAACAUUUGCAAUUAUUAAUAUAAAAAGCACAACAAAAUGUAGUGGAAAAUGACAAGGCUUGAUUUUUUUUUUAAUUCUGUAGAAAUGUUUGUGCAAAAUCAAUAAUUCAACAUAAAAGAUAAUUUUACAGCAAUGUUCAAUAAAGCCUCUUUCCAGGUAAGGUAUGAAAAGCGGUAUGUGUGUUUGUUGAGCAAUUUUCUCUUAUGACCAAACUGAGGGUAGUUAUACAAUUUAUUGUUUAUGUUACCAUGGGACAAGUCAUCAGUGCUUCAUACACGUUGAUGUUUGCAGAAAGAAAUUCUAGUAGGAAGUCCCAGAUGUGGCCUUCCAUAUUUGUAAUGAAUAUCCAAAAUGUUAAACCUUUGAAGAUGAAAUAUGAAGCAGAUAUUUACUUGGAAUGGAAUGUGUGAUUUUAUAGUCACAAGGAGAGGGACCAGCCUGAAAAUCUAGGCACUAACAGAACUGAGUCAAACUAACUUCUUUUAAAGAGAACAGAGGAAUGAGUUUCAAACAGUUGAACAAAUGACACAAAUUGAAGAGUUUUCAAAAUAUACAAGUUGCCCAUCUAUGAAAUUAAGCCAAAGAGAAUGAUGUCUGGGUCAGGCAGCUUAACAUUUGUUAUAGCUCCCUUUACCUUGACUUGCAUUAUGCGUGGCAACUAACCAUUCUCUCCAAUAUUCCAUAUUAGUGGACCACCCAAUCACUAAUUGAUUGUUCUUCCCUUUUCAGGCUGAUAAUACCAAUAACAAUACUUGAGAUCUAGAGAGAGGCUUAACUCGUUGCCUUCUCUGUUGUCUCUCUCUCCUCCUCUCUAGCUUUGUGUGUCCUCACUCAUGAGUGAGACUAUUGCAAGAAACUACAAAAUCUAUUCUCAGAAUAUUGAAAAUACAUUUGUGGACUUUCCAGGGAAACAGCCAAGUCUCCUUUUCUCCUAAAUAAUUUCCUAAAGAAAUUGCCGUCAAUGAAAGUUUCUAUUCUACUAGUAAUCCUUCAUAAAGCAUUAAAGUGUUUCCUUAACCUUAAGCGUAGUAAGAACACACAGUGCUUCAGGAGUUCAUGAGAACUGGCUGGAACUUCAAAGAGUAACUUUGAUUAGAUUUUUGAAAACUUGCAGAUGAAUGUGAAGAACAAAGAGGCAAUUAGAAGAGGAUGGGCAAAGCAACUGUUUUACCAAAAUGAUAAUUGAUCCUUGUGCAAACCAACCAACAAUUAAAAUGAAGGUUUUUCACUUCAAUUCAAAUGUUCAGGUGCUUUAAAGUAAAGUAAAUGGAUAAAAUGCAGGGACUUUUAAACAGCGAGGAUACAUGAAAUGUAAAGUGUGUUCAGUAACAUAUUUGAUAUUAAUAGUCAUGACAUCUUUUAAAGCAUCCAUCUGUUAUCAACUGUUUUCUUUUUUCCUAAUUUUUUUUAUUUAUGAUGAAUUUAGAUGAUCAGCAUAUUCCCCUUCACCUUUCAACUAACAUAUUUAAGCUAUAAUAAUGUUUAGAUGUAGGAAAGCAUCAGACAAUAAAACUUUUAAUUCUCUGGGAGAAAGAUUUUAUCGCGUAUUCUCCUAGUGUCAGUACUUGAUCCUAGUUAAUUAGGGUCAUUACUCUAUUUCAUCAGUUCUAAGAUGCUUGAUUUGCCACAUUCUGGCCUCUGCAAUUGGGAUGCAACCUACAGUCAAGACCUAAUUUAAUUGCAAUUGGCAGCAUUUCUGUAUAGUUAUCCAUAAAAUAAUAAUGCAUCUUAGAUAUGACAAAAUUCACUGAAGUAGCCAGAAGUGCCACUAAUGUCUAAUAUUACUACUUUUCAAUGGACCCAAAAGUGAGGGAAAACUUCCAGUCACAUUUAUAGGAUUUAUAUGAAAUACUCAUUGACUAUGCAGUAUUUUCAAAUUAAGUCUUUUAUUCUCUCUCUCUGCUAUUGACUCUUCUCUUACAUCUCUAGCCCUGCUUUUUUGUUUUGUUUUGUUUUUCUUUGCUUUUGGUUCUUUUAGUUUUUCCCAUUAUUUCUUUUUUGUUCAAUCAUGAAUUACAAUAUAUUCAGUAUCACUGAUUUAAAAUGUUUCCUGGUUCCAGUGUUUCACAGUCCUUAGUAAGUCAGAAGAUUGGUCUGUCAUUAAAUUUGCAUUGAGAGAGUUCAAAGAUGCAUGGUACACCACAAUGUCAUGCAAUAGAAUAAGCCUAAUGAUAUUUCAUGUCACAUAUAUCACAGAAUCAACUUUGGCAUGGCAAUGAAUUAUGGUAAAUAUAAUAAUCAGAAUUACAAUCCAGCUAGAACGUUACAUCAUGUUACAAAUGUUAAAACAAUCCCAUGACUUUUAUAUUUUAAAAGAUGAUAAAAUAUGAAUUACAACUGUACUAACUUUUCACCAAACAUGAAUUUUUAUUUUAAAGACUUUAUAAUAACAUAUCUGUCAAUAAAAUGUAUACUUUUAAGAACAAUGAAUUAAUUUAGUCUGUACUUAAGACUGUAUGGAAUUGUCUAUGAUAUUUUUCAUGAUCUAUUAUUAUUUGUUUGCUCUAAUUAAUGAUUGAAAGAUGGUGACAGAAUGAUCUGUGAUAAAAGGAUUCUUUUGACUGAACAUUCUUUAUCAUAAAACUUUUUUUUAAUGUGCCUUUCAAAGAUCAGGGCCAUUCAAUAGAUAUUUAAAAUGGAAAAAUUUUACCCCCAAUACAUUCGCUUCUUGGUUGGUGACUACUUCUUACUAAUUGCUUCGUCUGUGUCUCAACAAAGCAGAAAGUAUACUCUUCUUGCGACUGGGUAGUUGAUGUCAAUGAGGAGUUAUUGCAUUUUCUGUGAAAACAAUAAAAUCAUAGGGUUCAAUCCCAAACUA